AUGACAACUCAACUCCUGCUUCUCGCCUUGACAGCAUGCCUGGGUCUCGAUGCUUACAUGCAUGUACGACUGAUCUCGCGCAAGCCCAGCUAUCGACAGGGACGCCCAAUCAAUGUGAAUGCCCUUUCUAGACGAUUGUUGAAGAAGUACGUCUAUGGAUACCGAACGGCUCGGGAUUACCAGGAACAGCUUACCAACGAUGAGGAUAUGGCGUACUACGGUACCAUCCAAAUUGGAACUCCUCCACAGACUUUCAAAGUAUUAUUUGACACUGGGUCGUCCAACCUGUGGAUACCGUGCGCCAACUGUGAUCCAUCAGAUACUGCAUGUCUUACACAUCAGACGUUCGAUUGCACUCAAUCAUCCACUUGCCAUUCAACGGACGAGCCUCUUUCAAUCCAGUAUGGAAAAGGAUCAAUGAGAGGUCACGUACUGAGCGAUGUCGUUUGCUUUGGAACUGAUCAGCAGUAUUGUACAAACCAAUAUCAGAGAUUUGCUUGCGCCACAAGUGAGCCGGGAACCGCUUUCCUUAGAACAAAAUUUGACGGCAUUCUCGGUAUGGCGUGGGAUUCAAUCUCAUCGGACAACAUUCGCCAACCUAUGGAUCAGAUAUUCGCCAAUAAGACGCUGUGCCCGGAAGCACUUUUCGCCUUCUAUAUGGCUAAUGACGCAGACACCAACACCCAUGGUGGAGUUAUGACGCUCUGUGGAAUGGAUCCCAGUCACUAUCAGGGCCCCAUCGCCUGGGAGCCUUUAACCGCCGAAGACUACUGGCGAAUCAAUGUGAGAACUAUCAGCAUCCUAGAAUACACGAUAGCCUACGGACCAAUCAGCGCCAUCGUUGAUACCGGUACAUCGCUGAUUGCUGGACCAACUGAUGCUGUCCAAUUGAUUCACCAAACUAUUGGAGCUUAUAUGGGUGAGAGAGGCCAGAUGAGGGUUGACUGCUCGACUAUUUCUCUACUUCCGCCGAUCACGUUCAAUAUUGGUGGCCAGGAUUUCACUCUUUAUGGUUCCGAUUACAUUCUCCAGGACCUUCGUGGAUUCUUGGAGAUGUUUUCAUUCGCAAAUUUACUCGGUUUUCGACCAUGGAAAUAA